GUCAAAUCGUUUUUAUAUUUAUUUAUUUAUUUCUUCUUCUUUUGCAUUCAUUCAUUAUUCUUUAGAUUAUACGUUCUUUGUGAACUGUCUUCUAUUUUUACCUGUUUGUUUUUUUGUUUUUGUUUGUUCGUUUUGCUCUUGUGUUUCUCGGAUUAGGCGUGUCCCGUCCGUAACCAACUAUUAUUACAUUUUCUCAAAUUAUUAUUGGCAUGGACGUGUCCGUGUCUGAGUCUGUGCUUCAUAGUUUUUUGUCUUUAAUUUUGUUCAUUGCUUAGGUUUUAACCCUUUAAUAGAACUGCUGGUUCAACUGGUUUAACCCCAGUCGAAUCAUAUUAAAAUUGAGGUUUUAAGUUGUUGCGGUUGAGUAUUCAUAAUUGUAAUUAGGAGACAUCAAAAACCUUCCCGUUACCAUGGUUUUUGCAAAACUUCUGUCAAGCUAUGAUUCAAAUCGGUUCCUAUAACAGACCUCUAGUGACUGAUUAUAUUAUACGAAAGAGAAAAAUGGUUUGUGUUUUGAAGUAAUUACAUAUUUGUACGCAAUUGUUCCAGUUACAUAGCUGAAUGACCUUAGGGAAAUACUGUUGAUUGAUAUUUGAGAGCGAAACUUUUAGGGGACUCAAGGGAGAUGAAGGAUUAUAUCAGUUUAGGUAGGAAAGUCUUUUGCAGGGCAUCCAAAGUGAAAUUACCCAGUUGCAGAUGCUUACGUUGGAAAUACGCGACUCUGUAAUUUGAGGGAGUAUUGAUCAAACGAGUACCGGCAAUUUACUUUCAGAUUUGGAUCCAUCUCCAACUGCACGAAGCAAAUUUUUUCCUCCUUUUAAUGCCUUGCCCGUCUGUAUUUCUGCAGUUGCAUCAAGCUAGCUGUAUCUUUUUGUCUAUGCUGUCUUAUUUUUUUCUAGCUUGGAUUGUAAGUUUGGAGCCAACUUUGAUGUUGUUGGAGCUUCCUAUGGGUGGAAUAUUCAUUUUGUUUCUUUGUCUGACAGCUAGAAGAAUGGCUUUGAUACAAGUUUGGCUCGCAUACAAUCACUCUCUUGUAUUAGCUCCAUUUUUUCCUUCCCACUUCCAACAGUUUUUUUGUCUUUGUUGGAAGACAACCCUGCUGAAAAUCUUCCUGUUUAACCUCAAUUUGGCAGUGAACAUAGUUCACCUUCAAAUGACUUAGUUAUUAGUAAGAAAAGUGUUAUAAGUUUACUCCCAAGGGAAUCUAUCGCGGUGAAGACUAUAUUGGGGUGAUUAUAUAUAAGGUUUUGGUAAGUUUCGGUUUCUGAAGAGGUCAAUGCUGAACAACACUUUAUGGUUGGAAUUUCUUUUGGUUGACAUGUAUCUGGGAGUUCUUCAAGGAAUCAAGUGAUCAUUCAAUGCUUAUUGUAAUUUAUGGAGUUCUUGUGUAUACACUUGUUUUGUUGUGUUCCUCUCUUGGAGUAGUGGUGAUUGGAGCUUCAUAAUACCAUUUUGUGUUGCUGAUUACAAUUGGUCUGCGGCAGUAUACAAGAGAUCAACAAUGCAUUUGGUGUUUACCUGGUCCUUAAGCUUACUGCCCUGCUUCUAGAUAUAGUUGAUAAUCUUAUUUGAGGAUACCUUGUAUCAUGGGUGAGGUGGCAGCGUUGCACUCUGAAAGCAAUGACACAAAACAUACGACCAAAGAAGACGUUAAUCCUCCAAAAUCAAAUCUGGAAUCCUUGCCUGGAGAAGAAUCAAGUGAAUCUAUAAACACAAAUGAUCUGCAAGAUAAAGGAUAUAUGGAAUAUGGAUGCCAACACUACCGGAGAAGGUGCCGAAUCAGGGCUCCUUGUUGCAAUGAGAUUUUUGAUUGCCGCCAUUGUCACAAUGAUGCGAAAAAUGGUAUCAAUGUAGAUUAUAAACAUAGACACGAAAUGCCCCGACACCAAGUCAAACAGGUGAUAUGUUCACUUUGUGCAACUGAACAAGAGGUUCAGCCAAAUUGUAUUAACUGUGGUGUUUGUAUGGGCAAGUACUUCUGUGAGACAUGCAAGCUCUUUGACGAUGAUAUAUCUAAGCAGCAGUACCAUUGUAAUGGCUGUGGAAUUUGUAGAACUGGUGGCCAGGAGUCUUUCUUCCAUUGUAAUAAGUGUGGUUGUUGCCUCUCAACUCAGGUGGAAAACAAUCACCCCUGUGUGGAAGGAGCAAUGCAUCGUGAUUGCCCCGUGUGUUACGAGUAUAUAUUUGAAUCAACAAAAGAAAUUGUUGUUAUGCCGUGCGGACAUACAAUCCAUAAAAGUUGUAUAGAUGAAAUGAGAGAACAUCACCGGUAUACAUGCCCUCUAUGUUCGAAGUCGUUCUGUGAUAUGUCAAGGGUUUGGGAGAGAUUGGACAUCGAGAUUGCUGCUACUCCAAUGCCUGAGCAAUACCAAAAUAAAAUGGUUUGGAUCCUAUGCAAUGACUGCGGAAACACUGGUAAUGUUCGGUUCCAUUUUGUGGCUCUCAAAUGCCUCAACUGCAACUCCUAUAACACACGACAGACGAGAGGCUGAGCAAGUGGCAUUUAUGAUUGAAAGUUCCAUUUCAUCUCGCUUAAUUUGGUGCGAAGGCAGCUGCACUCAAUGCCGUUCUCUCUUUUGACUACAAGGAUUGCGAAUUUCAACCCCGCUUAGACACAAUGGAAUAAUAUGAUUGUUCAUUUUGAUUUAUCAUCUAUAUUUAUUUUGUUUAAGUUUAGUUUGGAGGUGGAACACUAGAUCCAUCUAAUUCUUCUUUUUUCUUUUUUCUUCGCCUUUGAUCAUUAAUUUCGUGUUCCCGUCCGUGUUCAGAUUUUCAAUUUCCGAAACUUGUAUUUGCAUUCAGACACAAUGGAAUAGUGAUUCUUCA